UGCCCGCUGUCGUGCCAGAUGACUCGGUGCCCGCUAUGACCCGGUGCCCACUGUCAUGCCAGAUGACUCGGUGCCCGCUGUCGAGCUUGAUGCCUCAGUGCCCGCUGCCUCGCCUGAUGCCUCGGUGCCCACUGCCUUGCCUGAUGGCUCGUGCCUGCUGCUCCACCUGAUGGCCCAGUGCCCGCUGCUCCGCCUGAUGGUCCAGUGCCCGGUGCUCCUCCUGAUGGCCUGGUGCCCGCUGCCUCACCCUGAUAUGCCUCUGCCUGCUGCCCAGUCCGAUGUGCCACUGCCCAGCUUGAUGUGCUUCUGCCCGCUGCCCAGCCUGAUGUACCUCUGCCCGCUGCCCAGCCCGAUGUGCCUCUGCCCGCUGCCCAUCCCGAUGUGCCAUUACGAACUGUUUGGAGCGUCCUGAGGCCGCUCCUUGGGGGGGGGGGUACUGUCAGGAAUGGACUCGCCAAUGGUGGUGGGACUCACCUGCCUUGUAGGCUGCAGUACCAGGGCUGGCCAGCGGGUGCUCGCGGCAGCCAAAAGCUCACUCCUGCAAUCAAGCCAUCACCUGAGGCUGAUUGCAGGAGGUGUAUUUAAGGAAUGGCCAGGCCUGCAGUCAGGGCCUUGGUGUAUUGUUCCCAUGAGCCCCUGUACCUGCAUCCUGUCUGCUUCCUGCUUGAUCCUGACUCUGCUUGAACUCUGCCUG